CAGCCGACGUUUGUCUUUUCCUUCACAGGCUGCUCGUGGGGGGGCGGGGGACAGCGGCCGCUGAAAUUUCUCCGCUUCCUUCGGUCGGUCGCGGAGCCACCGAAGGGCUCCCGCCGCUGCUCGAGGGUGAGGACGAGCCGCCUCUGCCCUUCCCGCCCGAGGCGCGUCGGUGCUCAUCUUGUCCUCCGUGCCCGGAGCACGGCUCCGCCUCGGUGUCGCGGGGGCUCCGAGCCGCCAGGACCGCGAGUCUAGUCUCGAACACCUACACUGAAGCUUGGGACAAGAUAUUUACCUAAUUUCUGUGGCAAAAUCAAAGACCUACGAUGACAAUGAAGAAAGAGACUGAAUUUGUCAUUUUCACCUAAAGAAAAAUGAUAGACAAGAACCAAACCUGUGGCAUAGGACAGGAUUCUAUGCCCUAUAUGUCUUGUCUGAUUCACGUACUAGAAGAAUGGUUUGGUGUGGAGCACUUGGAGGACUACUUGAAUUUUGCAAACUAUCUCUUGUGGGUUUUUACACCACUAAUACUUUUAAUACUUCCGUACUUUACUAUCUUUCUUCUCUAUGUUACUAUUAUUUUCUUACACAUUUAUAAGAGGAAGAAUGUAUUAAAAGAAGCCUACUCUCAUAAUCUAUGGGACGGGGCAAGGAAGACGGUGGCGACCCUUUGGGACGGACACGCGGCAGUCUGGCACGGUUAUGAAGUCCAUGGGAUGGAAAAAAUACCAGAAGAAGGACCAGCACUUAUAAUUUUUUAUCAUGGAGCUAUUCCCAUAGAUUUUUACUACUUCAUGGCUAAAAUUUUCAUCCAUAAAGGCAGGACUUGCCGGGUAGUAGCUGAUCACUUUGUCUUUAAAAUCCCAGGGUUUAGUUUAUUACUUGAUGUAUUUUGUGCUCUACAUGGACCAAGAGAAAAAUGUGUUGAAAUUCUGAGGAGUGGUCACUUGUUAGCUAUUUCACCAGGUGGAGUUCGAGAAGCCCUAAUUAGCGAUGAAACCUACAACAUCAUUUGGGGUAAUCGUAAAGGCUUCGCUCAGGUUGCAAUUGAUGCAAAAGUGCCCAUUAUUCCUAUGUUUACACAAAAUAUUCGAGAAGGAUUUAGAUCACUUGGAGGAACAAGGUUAUUUAGGUGGCUUUAUGAAAAAUUCCGCUAUCCGUUUGCUCCAAUGUACGGAGGUUUUCCUGUGAAGUUACGCACCUAUUUAGGUGAUCCUAUUCCCUAUGAUCCAAAGAUAACAGCAGAAGAAUUAGCUGAAAAGACAAAGAAUGCUGUUCAAGCUCUGAUUGAUAAGCACCAAAGAAUACCGGGGAACAUCAUGAGUGCUCUGUUAGAACGUUUUCAUAGAAAACAAAAGAUCAACUCGAAGGCGACUUAAUACGUUGUAUUAGUAUGUUUGUGUCUAUAGUACUGUCUUCUAAAUUUUAUAGGUUCUAUAAUUAGUAUUUUUUAAAAAAAUGUUAAUAAGCAUCUUUUGCUGAACUUGUUGGUUUAAAAUGUAUUGUCAAUUUUGUUUUUGCAAUCAAUCGUGUCAAAUUUAAAUAGUAACUCGUUACAUGCCUAAUAAUUCAGAAAAUGCAGUUUCUUUUUAUGGAUUCCUGAUAAUGUAUGAUAAACAUAUAGAUUUUAAAAACUAAGUUUGUUAAAAACAGCAAUUUAGGUUCAACAAACAUUCCUAAAUAAUGCAUCUAAUUUCUGUAUCUGUUGCAUCGGGCUAAUUUUGCAAGAUGGCAUAAUUCAGUACAGACACUUAAAUUGGGGAAGAAACACUCUUCUAUCUGCCCCUCAUUCUUUUCUUGACCUUGGGCAAAUCACGUAAUGUUUUUGUGCCUCAGCAAUUCACUUUUUAAAAACAUAAUACUAUGUGGAGGAGUGUUAUUUUAAAUUCCUUAUAUUUGCUCUGAUUGAGAACUGUAGAACUGAAAUUUUAACUGAAUUAAACAAUACCAAGAAUUUUUAGAAGUUUAUGUAUAUAUCUGGUCCAUAGAAUCUCUAAAUUAUUUCUUUAGGUCUGAUGUCAAGGUGCCAAGCACAAUGGAAGAGGAACACUUUUUCAAAUUGAGUAACAAAUUAGGAAAAGUAAUAUUUCUAAUAAUUAUUCUUUUUAGUAUUAUUGUUUAACGAGACUCUGUAGACAGACCGUGGAGGGUGUCCCUUGCUGUGAUAUGGUGUGGAGCGGGCCGGUGGGAGUCGCUGCCGUGCUCCGCGUUUUGUUAGGAGCAGGAAAGCUCAGGCCCUGCUCAGUGCUGGGGCUCAGUCAGUGGGGCCCCGCGGGCGGCCCCGGGGCGUCCUGUCCAGCAAACCUGUGCUUGAAUGAUGAGUUUAUGUGAGCGCAGGCUUUCUGAAAACUUAAUCCAUGGCUUUCAAUUUGUUGUCACCUUGAAAUCUGAGUUUGAGAAGUAUUUAAUCAGAGGAGUACCAGAAAUCAAAUGCAGUAUCUCCCUCUCCCUUUUUUAGAUAUUAAAGUACUUGGAUUUUUGUAUAAAUUUUUGUAUAACAAGCAUAUAUGUAUGAUAUGGGUGAUGUAUAUAAAAUUCAACAACAUGAAAUAAAAGCAGAGCUGAAUGAAAUUCA